CGGAUACGAAUAAUAUCAACAUAUUGCUUAAGUAAAUCAGUCGAUAGCUAUGUGACCUGAAAUAAUCAACUUGUGACAUACAAUAAGUCAAUGAUAAAUAGGUUUAUGAAUAAAUACUAUUGUAAUGCAUAAUAAUUUAUAAGUUUAAUCAUAUAAAGAGUAAAAUUUGACCACUUAUUUGGCUUUUAUGUUGGAUAAUUGGAAUAUUGAGUCUAGAAAUUUGAAAAUUACCUCCCAUGAUCUUAUUCGGAUACGGAUAUAUCCAGUUCCAUAUUCAUAUUUGUCUCAAAAUCUCCUAUCAUAUUUUAUUUUUUAUUUGUUUAAUAAAUUCGGAUACGAAUAAUUUCUAUUUCCAUUUUGGUUCGGACGCGGAUGUUUCGGAUGCGAAUAGGCAUUUUUUCGAAUACGAAUAUCAGAUAUUUAUCCGCUACCAAUUUCCAUCCCUAAGCACAGCAAACACUCGAUCAACCCCCCACUCCCGGCGUACCAAAAGCAACGACGUCUACAAGGCCACACGAACACCAGAUGGCCUGCGCCUUCUUCUUCGACGCCGAGCCGGUCGGCGAGCCCGGCGUGCACGCGCUGGACGCGUGCGCGCUCUGCGCCAAGCCGCUGGCACGGGACUGCGACAUCUUCAUGUACAGAGGGGACACGCCCUUCUGCAGCGAGGAGUGCCGCCACGAGCAGAUGCACCUCGACGCCGGCUGCGCCAGGCAGGCGGCCAGGGCGGCCGCCCGGAGGCAGAAGCAGUUCUCUUCGGGAACGGAGUCCGGGCGUGCGCGCCGGGAGUCCUGGGAGGUGUCCGUCGCGAGCUAACCGGCAAACAAGAUCUGCGUGCACGAAGACGGCGU